AUGUUACGUAACUUUGAGAAGUAUCCACGGAAAAUCGUCGACACGCUUGGAAUGCCGUAUGAUUAUGAUUCAGUGAUGCAUUAUCAUAAAUUGGCAUUCUCGAAGAAUGGUAAAUCCACGAUAGUUCCACGAGUAGGUUAUUAUUAUUACAGUCGGUGA